UCACGUUCGAUUUGUUAUUUACAUUUAUAUGAAUAUCAUGAACGAUUUACAGUAAUCUAUUGAAAAGCACUACAAUUUCAAGUUUGCUCGCGUAUGUAAGUUCUGAAAAGAAAAUGUUCCAGAGUUAAUUGAAACUGUCGAUGCAUCAUGUCACCUGAACCUACACAAGAACCUAUUCAAGAGAAUUUGACAAUUUCCAGUGUAGCGCUGGAUGCAAGAGCAACUAAUGAUGAGGAAGAUAGUGAUGAUGAGGACAUGGGUAUGGCAGGAUAUGUGCCAUUAUCUCAAGUAUCUACCGACGCAGAUCCUAUAUUAGAUGAGGAAGAGAAUGAUGAAUGGCUAUCUGGAUUUAGUGAGUCUAGUCAGGCAUCAUCUGUCCUAACAACUGAGACCCAACAAAGUUGUUCUUCAGAGAUAUUGGAAGUCUGGUCGUGUCCAAACAAUCGUUCUGACAUUGAUUUAGAUGCAACUAAGAUUAAAGAAGUCAAAUCCGUGAUGGCAUCCAUUACGAUUCCUGAAACUUCAAUUCCACAAUGGGCAAAUACGAUCUCGGAAGAGCAGUGGAAAGAGCAGCUUCUCAUGCGCAUUAAACAGAUGCAAAAUAAAGAUUCGUAGAGCUGGAAUUACAAUAUUAGUCGCUGAUUGCAGCAAAGUUACAAUUUUUACUAUCAACUGUAUAUGGCGAGUACAUCUGGAAUUAUUAAAGUAUAAUUUAUUACAAUAUAAAA